CUGUGUUUGUGAACCUGAAGGCCUCUUUGAGGGAAAAGAAGUUUGAAGACGAGCCGCGGGUAGUCAUUCCUCACAUCCUUUCUCUACUCAGUUCACAGAUGGUAUUUGUGCACGUUUAGACUGGAAUGGGUUUAUGUUGUCAGAUAUUAGAAUGUGAAAGUCAAGCGCACUUUUUGUUUUGCUUUGUGCGUUUUGAAGAUCUGGAUUUGGUGCGAUUUGUGGAACUAAAUUGAAGCGAUAUUUGCUGGUGUGUGUGUUUGUGUGUGUGUGCUUGUGUGUGUGUGCUGUCCAGGAAGAGGUCAUCAGCAGCACAACAACAAAACACAAGCCGAGGACUAGAAAAAAGAAGAAGAAGAAGACACCAGGAUCUGCAAUCUGGAGCUCAUCCUGUUUUGUAAUCUGCGUCUUACUCGCUGGAUUGAAGUAACUUUUCACUAGAAAUGGUUGGCAGGUUGAACUUGCCAAAUGUAUGUGAAGGAGAUCCACUGGACAUGAGCUGCAGGGCUGAUAGAGGACUUGACAGCCCGGACUCCGGGUUACCCCCCAGCCCCAGUCCCAGCGCCUGGCUGCUGCCUGUGGCCGCGGAGAGAGCCGACGGAGUCAGCCCCGGGUCUGAGGAGGACAGAAGGGGCUCCCUGGUCUCAGUUUUACCCACUGGGACGUACCCACAACUGCACCCACUGUCAUUUGGAGAGGGCAUAUCACUUGACCCAUUACCAGCAAAGGAAAUAAGAUACACGUCCUCUGUUCACUAUGACUCAGACCGCCACUUCAUCCAGAACGUGGCCCUUCAACCAUGGGGCCAGGGCCUCGAACACUGCAGGCAGACCAUCAUGGCCGUGCCUCACAGCACCUGGCGCCAUUACAAGACACAGCUGGACUUCCAGCCUCGCCACCGGCCGCGGAAUUUCAAGAGUACCACUAUCAUCUACCCCAAGAAAACCAGUGCCGUCUACACCACAGAGCUGAGCUAUGACUGCCACCGACUAGCCAGACGUUUCCUCUCCAGUGUGGAGCUGGAGACUGGUUGCAAAAAGGUUCCUCAGUAAGACGACGGGGAGCAGUGGCAAGAGCAGUCAUUCCCAUAGCAGCUUCCCUGAGGCUCGCUGCCAUAGACCUGCUGUGUUGCUGUGUUUUUUACAGUUGUGUAGCCUGCUAUAUUUUUAAUGUGCCCACCCCAAGAGGUCUACAUCAACCAUCUGUGCUGUGAUGUUAUGAAUAGGUGAGACAACAGGACGUAGGCUGAAUGGAUGAGUCAUUGUUUUGACGUGUUUAUAUCCCUACCAGUUAAUAAACAAUAAAAUUGGAUGCGUCAUUAGAUUCAGUGUUUUGUAGAUUAUUGAAGAGUUUAGGAGGCAUGUAGACGUUAACUUCAUUUUAAUGACUGUUGAAUAAGUCCUUGGAGUCAAAAGUUGAUCAGAUGUGCAAAGUAAUUGGUUUUAAUCUGAACGGUGAGAGCUGCUUCACUUCAUAUUAUUUGUAAUCACAGUGAAGGGACUUUUAAAACUGCUAAUUUAAUGGCGGUUUAAUGUAAUGUUGGAGUUUGGAUGCAUGCUAGGAGUUCACUAACAGCUAUCCACGCUGUAAAAAGGAUAUGGUGAAAAUACUUAGCACAUGUUUUGUUUCUUCACAGGGUAUUAUGUAGUUCAGCACAGCAUUGGCACAACAUUAGCUCUUUCCGGACCUUCUCUCAGGCCGCUCUUAAAGGCUGUGAUGCAAAAAUGUUUUGUGUAGAUAUUGAGCAGUUAAGGGAAGUCUUCAGUUCAGUUUUAUGUUUUCUCUUAAACUGAUUAAGUAGGUAGUAUAGAUGGAUUGUGAGUGAGAAAUUUACUGAAAAGUGUAUAGUAUUUUGACUAGCUUACUAGUGACAAUGAGCUGCAUUCCACUGCAAUCACCGUCUGUAGCUUGAUGUGGAUUGAAAAUGAUAUUUAUUCUUAAAGAGGUUUUAUCAGCUGAGUAAUGGGUCUUCCCAGUCUGGUCAAGGAAUAUUUUUUGUAAUAACCUUGAUUCCUUUAUUGAUGUAUCUGUUGAUGCUUCUUUUAGACACUCACAAUUUUGAAAUAAAGUUAAUUCAAUAACUUU